CUAAAAUUACGAUCAGCUAAUAAUAAGGGGUUUGGCCCCACUUUUCUUAAAAUAAUAAUAAUCACGCCAUCACUCUCGGCUUUAUUCACUUAUAAAUAAUUCUCACAUUAAUUACACUAUACUCCAACCUCACCCCACUUCUCUCUUUUAUUUUUUUUUCUUCUAUUCUCUAUUCUAAAAGAAUUAAAAAAAAUGGCCAAACUUUCAACUUUGCUUAUCUUAUUUCUCUUAUCUUUUCUAAUAUCAGCUACUUCACUAUCUCUUGCUUCAAUUCAAGACCCUGAACUUGUUGUACAAGAAGUACACCGGAGUAUCAAUGCUUCUAGAAGAAACUUGGGGUAUUUAUCAUGUGGGACAGGAAACCCCAUUGAUGAUUGUUGGAGAUGUGAUCCUAACUGGGAGAAGAAUCGCCAACGCUUAGCCGACUGCGCAAUAGGGUUCGGUAAAGACGCCAUUGGAGGCAAAAACGGAAGAAUCUACGUGGUUACAGACUCAGGCAACGACGACCCGGUAAACCCUAGACCGGGAACACUCAGACAUGCGGUUAUACAAGACGAGCCGUUGUGGAUCAUAUUCAAGAGAGACAUGGUGAUAAAACUCGAGAAAGAGCUCGUGAUGAACUCUUUCAAGACGAUAGACGGCCGUGGAGCGAGCGUCCACGUGGCCGGCGGUGCAUGCAUAACGAUCCAUUACGUGUCUAACGUGAUUAUUCAUGGGAUUCAUAUCCAUGAUUGUAAACCUGGGAGUAGUGGUGAUAUUAGAAACUCUCCUGAACAUUCUGGGUAUUGGAGAGUUUCGGAUGGUGAUGGUGUUUCUAUAUUUGAUUCACAACAUGUUUGGGUUGAUCAUUGCUCGCUUUCGAAUUGUAAAGAUGGGCUUAUUGAUGCUAUUCAUGGUUCAACUGCUAUUACUAUUUCGAAUAAUUAUUUUACUCAUCAUGAUAAGGUUAUGCUUUUGGGACAUAGUGAUUCCUAUACUCGUGAUAAGAAUAUGCAGGUUACUGUUGCUUUUAAUCAUUUUGGUGAAGGCCUUGUCCAAAGAAUGCCAAGGUGUAGACAUGGUUAUUUCCAUGUAGUGAACAAUGACUACACUCACUGGGAAAUGUAUGCCAUUGGUGGUAGUGCGUCCCCAACUAUCAAUAGCCAAGGGAACAGGUUCUUGGCACCGAACGAGCGGUUCAAGAAGGAGGUAACAAAACACGAGGAUGCCCCAGAGAGCGAGUGGAGCCGGUGGAACUGGCGGUCUGAAGGCGAUCUUUUCCUCAAUGGAGCUUUCUUUCGCCAGACUGGGGCCGGUGCAGCCUCCUCAACCUAUGCUAGGGCUUCAAGUCUUAGUGCUAGGCCUUCUUCCCUUGUGGGCUCCAUUACUGUUGCUUCUGGAGCCCUCAAUUGUAGGAAGGGAUCCCGUUGCUGAUGAUCAUGGACAUCGAUCAUCAUCAGCGUUUAUAUGAUAUUAUAAAAAAGAAGAAUCUUAUUACUGCAAGUGUAACAAUAGCUAAAUUAAGCAUAUUUAUUGUUGCCCUUUUGCAGUAGUUUAAAUUAAUCUUGGUUAUUUUGUAGUAGUUUUCUAAAUUUUGAUGUUUUGAGAGCAAAUUUAGUUUUAAA